GCUUCACCCCGAGGCCCGUCCUGCUGAAAAACACCAUGUUAGCAGCUCUGGUGGAGCAGCUGAAGAGGACUGAAGCUGCUCCUGCUGAUCUCUGCUACGCCGGAGCUGAAGAUGUGGCCUGUGAUUUCUGCAGCGGGAGGAAACUGAAAGCAGCGAAGUCCUGUCUGCAGUGUCUGGCCUCUUACUGCGAGCGGCAACUCCAGCCUCAUUAUCGAUCAGACACAUUCAAGAAACACCAGCUGGUGGAGCCCUCCAAGAAGCUGCGGGACAACAUCUGCUCUCGUCACGACGAGGCGAUGAAGAUGUUCUGCCGCACAGAUCAUCAGUGUAUCUGUUAUCUCUGCUCCGUGGAGGAACAUAAAGGCCACGACACAGUGUCAGCUGCAGCGGAGAGAGGCGAGAAACAGAGAGAGCUCGAGGGGAGUCGACUAAACGUCCAGCAGAGAAUCCAGGACAGACAGAAAGACGUGAAGCUGCUGCAGCAGGAGGUGGAGGACAUCAACGCCUCCGCUGAUAAAGCAGAGGAGGACAGCGAGAGGAUCUUCACCCAGCUGAUCCGUCUCCUGGAGAAAAGACGCUCCGACGUGAAGCGGCAGCUCAGAUCGCAACAGCAAAGCGAAGUGAGUCGAGUCAGAGAGCUGGAGGAGGAGCUGCAGCAGGAGAUCAGCGAGCUGCAGAGGAGAGACGCUGAGCUGGAGCAGCUCUCACACACAGACCAUCACACCCAGUUUCUGCUCAGCUACGCCUCACUGCCAGCACUCACACGCUCAGCCAGCGUCCACAUCCGUCCUCGCCGCCGCCGCUUUGAGGACGUGACAGCGACCGUUUCAAAGAUCAGAGACAUGCUACAGGACUCUCUGAGGGACACGUGGACAGAUGUCUCACUGACACCGACUGAAGUGACACAAUCAGAGCCCAAAACCAGAGCGGAGUUCCUCAGAUAUUCACGUCAAAUCACACUGGAUCCAAACACAGCACACGAAUAUCUGUUAUUAUCUGACGAGAACAGAAAAGCAACACAAACAGGACUCCAUUCUUAUCCUGAUCACCCAGACAGAUUCAGUUACUGGCAUCAGGUCCUGAGCAGACAGAGUCUGACUGGACGUUGUUACUGGGAGGUGGAGUGGAGCGGGGGGGUGGUUCAUGUAGCCGUCACGUACAAGAAUAUCAGCAGAGGGGAGACACAUGAAUCUUCAUUUGGACAAAAUGACAAAUCUUGGGUGUUAUAUUGUGUCAAUACCAGAUACGGCUUUUGGUACAACAAAGUCCAAACUCCCGUCUCAGGUCCUCGGUCCUCCAGAGUCGGAGUGUACCUGGAUCACGGUGCAGGGAUUCUGUCCUUCUACAGCGUCUCUAAAACCAUGACUCUCCUCCACAGAGUCCAGACCACGUUCACCCAGCCGCUCCACGCUGGACUUUGGGUUUAUUGUAACGGAUCCACUGCUGAGUUGUGUGAAGCGAAAUAGUCAGAGGUCACUGAAGGGUUAAACUUUGCGUUUGGUCUCCACGUUUGCUGCUCAGAGCUGAUUG